GAACAUAAAACUUGGAACAUCAAAAAAAGAGAAUUAGGAAGAAAAAGAGGAAGCUCCAAAGUACUGCCGCCAAGAUGGAAACUCCGUCAGUGCAAGACCCCCAAGAGAGACUUAAAUCAAUUCGCCGACUAUUGAACGAGGCCUGUGCUCAAUUUGAGAAGAUCACCAAGAGAAGGCUUGAGCCCAGAAGAUUCGAAGACCCUCGAAGCUUUGAAGAACUCAAGGCGAGAAUCUCAUCGGGCGGGAAUGGAGAGGACGAUGCGUCCAGAGCAACGAGGCAAAGGUUCCUUACGAUCGUGUCUGUUGCUCAGACCUGGACAGGACCCAUAAAAACUGCUACCGAUGCAGUAAGUAUCUCGUUAGCAUUCUCACCUGCAAGCGCUUGUGUUAGUGCUUUGUCGUAUAUCCUGGAAAUCCCAUCAAAGGUGCAUGGCAUUCAUGAGUCCAUCCGGGCUGUGAUUGAUGAAGUUGAGCCACGCUUCACGGAAUUCAAGGAAUAUGAUGAUAUGGGUACAGCCGUUAACCGGGUCCUGAUGAUCUCGGUUUGCAAUGUCAUGAUGGCCUUUAUAACGCUCUGUGCUCAGUGUGUGAAGCUUCUCGAGAAGGGCAAGGCUUACCAAUACUUCAAAGAAGGAAAAUGGAUUUUGUCAAACCAAAAUCCCAUCAGAGAAGGUCUUGAUAAGCUGAAAGCCCUUUCCGAGCAGAAAGAAUAUGUUCAGCAGAUGAUCAUGCUGAAGGAAAUUCUACAUUCGAGCGACAAGAUCGAUAUUAUGGAUGGUAAAGUCGAUGGAAUUUCCGAGUACGUCAGCAAGCGCUCCGACGAAAUCACCCGCCAGGAUGAGCUGAGCAAAAUCCAAAAAUAUCUGCGUGUAACUUCGGAGGAUGGAGUAAUGUUGGGUCCUCGUGUCUAUACGGAAACCGUUCGCAUGGCGAAAGACCAAAAGUGCCCGUUCCUCGAGUCGGAGUCUUACAAGACCUGGGCGCUCAAGAAGGAUGAAGGUGUACCACCAUUACUUUUGAUCUUUGGAAAACCAGGAACAGGAAAGAGCGUCUGUGCAGCAUCAAUGUUUUUGAACAUCAAGAAGAAGGAACCGUUCGCCGCCUAUUAUUCCUUUCCUCCGAUGCCAAAAAGUCCUAAAGACCACCAGCAACCGCUGGAAGACUGUGUCAGAGCCACGGGACUACAACUGGCAGAGCAAAAUCUAGACUACCGGCGACGCUUGUUGCACUUUCUGAAAACUGAGGAUGGAAGGGCCCAGGGGACGGGUUAUAAGGGCCUCCUGGACGCUCUGAAUGUUUGGCAGGCUCCAGAUAAGAUGAUUUGUUAUCUUAUUCUGGAUGGCCUCGAUAACCUGGCAGAGCAGGAGUGUAAGGAUUUCAUGAAUCAUCUCAUCACCAACCAAAUUCCGUCUAAAAGGAACUCCUUGCGCAUCUGUGUCACAGGGUCAAGGAAACUAUUGCGCGCGUACUCAAAGCAGAAAGAUUGUCUGCAAUCUGAGGAGAUGGAAUGCUACAAUCAAAGGGUAAUCGCUGAUUACACUGCAAAGUUCUUGGAAAAGAAAGACUUGUUGCAGGAAGACUUUCUGGACUUUGCUGACCUUAGAAAGUCGAUAUGCGAGGCAGUAACGAAGAACGCCCGUGGUAGCUUCCACAAAGUGCAGAAAUGGCUUGACAGGAUUGAGAAUCUGGUUCAAUCAGAUAGCAGAGAUGAACUCAUUCGCUUUCUCAGUGCGCUGAGCCGGGGAGGUUCAGAUCUGGCCAAAUCUGAGCUACAAGAUCUUGAAAGAACACUCGACUGGAAGGAGAUCGCAGAACUAAAUGAGCUGAUUAUUUGGAGCGAAUUCAACAUGUCCAAGGAUGUCAUCCUCGAUAUUGAGCAGCUUGAAGCCUUUUUGUUCAUCCGCUCGAAUUCACCGCCGUUAAGCUCUCUGCGAAAGAAAAUACGGGAUAGGUUUUCCUUGAUCUUGGAGGAGAGAGAUGAUGGAGUUCGACUUCGCAAAGAGAUGAAGCAUUUGAUAAUCCUGGAUCAAAACAAGGACCAGCAAUCAGCUAUUUCGGCUACUAUAUCCGUCCAAAACACAAGUAUCGAAGUAGCCCAGCGGUUCUUCUGGGAUCUGGCCAAUCAUUCGGUGAUGAAUCGGUUCAAUUUUGAUGCAAAUCAGAUGGACAUGGCGAAGCCCUCAACUCACCGCAUCCGAGUCACGAAGCUGAAUGCGCAUUUGGUAAUCGUGAAACGGACCUUCGAGUUUCUCAGAAAAGCACCUGAUCCUCUAUCACGGCCAAUUGGAGGAAUUUUACUAAGAGAUCUUCCGGCUCAUUUAGCAAUCCUGCAGGAGCCCUCUCCACUUGAUGACCUCAAGGAUAUCGAUCGACGAACCAUAGGUGAAAAUGUCCAAGAGCUAUUUCUAAGCCCAAUGAGCCUUGAAAGACAUUGGGAUGUUCUGCAACAAACGAGAUGGCACACUUCCUCAGAUGCUAUAGCUUCAUUCUGCAAAUGGCUGUCGGACGAUGCUGCCAUCAAACAUCCGCUUAUCCGAGACAAGAUCAGAGAGGUGCAGAAGGGUCAGAAACAAAACCAGAAGCUCUUUGAGCCACUAGCGAGGUUGGCUAAUCACAAAUGGCUUCAGGACCGAUCGCCCAGUUCCACCACAGCCUCUUUUGAGUGGCUCAGGGCUUUUCUCAAUAUGAAUGCAGAAGUUGAUCAUGCCAACCAAGUUUCGGAUUCUAGCCCCGAAGAUGAUGAUCAUAGCCUCGGAUCUGAUGACGGUAUCGAAGAUUAUGACGUUAAAAAGGCUGAGAAAUGGUGCGAGAGGGUACUGGGACCAAGCCGCAUGCGCGAACAAGAUGUUUGGGUACAACGGCUAGCCGAAACAUAUGAGUAUGCUAAUAGUUACAAGAAAGCUUUCAAGAAUUAUCAGAAGACCAGUGAGCUACUGAAGCAGAUGGGAGACAUCGACAAGGAACGACAUGGGGAAGUGUUGGUUCGUCUCGCGUCACUGGACAGAGACAAGGACCAAGCUUUGCAAUAUCUCGAGGAAGCCCUGAAACUGAGCGACAGCAAUAUCAACGCCAGAUAUGCGCUAAUCAAGACUUUGUGGUCUCGUAACCGCAAAGAGGAGCUCGGAAAAUGGAUUAUAGGUGCACUGAAGCUCAAGACGACUUCAGGACCCAUGGAACAUUUGGGUCAAGUGAUUAAAAUGGCCAUCGAAGAUUAUUACUACGACACCACUCAGACGAUGAGCCUGCUGUGCACCAUCAUCUCCAUAUGCUCCUCCUCUGCCGAUAACUUCGCUUCCUUACUGGAAAACAUGCAGACAGCAAUCGAGAAUGCAAAGGCACAGAACCAGGCCAGAACGUGGGCCAUGUUACUUUUACAUAAAGGGAUCGCACUUGCAUGCUAUUCAGAAACCUCCUCCCAUGCUGAUCAGGCUGCCAAAGCGUGGACAGACUGCGCUGAAAUCAUUUUGAGAAAACUCAAGUACCAGUCUGCUGGUGCAAUCUUACUGGACAAAGUGGGGCGGCAGCUGGGCUGUCAUUACUUCACACAGACAUUGAAAAACCCCGAUAGGGCCGAAAGGUAUUCUGCAGAUUUGGAGGAGGUAUAUCAGAAUCAAAAGGGUAUUGUUCAUGGCAUGUCUGCUGCGAAGACAUACCUGGCGGCAGACUUCAUCCGGCGUGGUAAACAAACGGAUGCUGAAGCGCUCUUCCAGGAAAAUAUCAAAGAGGCAUUUGUCUUGCUAUCUGAUGACACGACUGGUAAUGAUAUGGGCGGAUUUAUCCGUCUUUUUCUGAUCUUCCUUCACACCGGUGACCGAGUCAAUGCCCUUACUGCCUUUUCGCUCCUAGCUCCUCGUGUCCUGGAUGCUAAGAUUCUGGAAGAAUGGCUACGGUCUGACGAGGAAACUACGACACCAGAAGCCACCGAGCUCAGGGAGUACUUCCAGAAUAACUGCGAGAAGCCCAUCAGCGUUUGGUCCAAGGUUUCUGAAACCAAAUAUUUUUCGCUGCGAAGCCAACGCAGGUUGUUAAGCGAGACCGAUAUCGACUUCCCCUUGAGUGAUGAUCACGCAGCCAAAUGGAAGUCUUAUGAGGCACUGUUCGAAUCCAUGGAACGAUAUGAGAAGGCACUCGAUGAAGCUAGCGAUAAUUAUGUAUGUGAUGAGUGUGACUGCCCGCUAGACAUGAGCACAAGCAUGUAUGCAUGCAAAUACUGUUUCAAUAUCGGACUAUGUGAGUCGUGUCACCAGCGUCUCCAACGCGGUGAGCUCAAAACGCCUCUCUGCCGCAUCGAGCAUGAUUGGAUGCGAAUUUCAUCCUGGGAUGCGAAGGCCCAUGUUCGCGCAUUUCGGCGCAGAGUCCUUAUGGAUGCUACUGUUGCAGAUGAUGGGUCUCUGGUCGGGGGCCGAGAAGUCCCGGUUGUGGAGUGGUUGAAUUGCUUGAAAGCGAAAUGGGAUCCCCAGGGGGAAUGGGAAUUCCGGUAAUGUGAUUAUAUCCUAGUAUAGUUUGAUAUUUGCUUCCAUAUAGUAUUUUACUACCGGGUAAAUUCCCAUUUUCUAUAGGUACUAAUAUGAAAACAGUGACUUUGUU